ACUGGUCAGGUUCUGCGCAGAAUGAUAUCACUGAACUCAACCAGAGUUUCUUACUCCACUCCUGACGCGAGUUUGGAGAAGACGCAGCUGAACCGGAAUGGGGAAGACGUCGAAGGAUCGCAUUAUAGAUACCCUAGGCGACCUGGACGACAAUGGACUAAAUCGGUUCAAGGACAAGCUGGGCGACACGUCAUUCCAGGGGCACAAAAUCGCCAAGGGGGAGCUUCAGGAUGCGAACAUCGUGACAGUAGCUUGUUUGUUAAUGAGGACCUACACCGAAAUGCACCCCGCUGAGAACGCGAUUGCCGUUUUAAAUGACAUUAACCAGGUACAACUGGCGAAUCAGUUGAAAGAAAAGAUUAAAGAUUUAUUAUUACAAGAACCGACCCCUCCUGGAGAGAUAAAGAUAGACCCAGUGGGAAGCGACUCUGUCUCUCUGAGCUGGGGCAGUCCUGCUGGUCUGGAUGAGAUCCCUCACAGUUUUAUAAUCACCUAUUCAAACUCUGUCGAUGACAACACUCUUUCCAUCACUGCACUCUCCAAUUCCACUCUUAUCUCAAAGCUGAGACCUGGGAUAAUAUAUAGCUUCACAGCCACCACAGUGCUGGAGAAUGGGACCCAGAGUACGUCUGUUUCAGCAGCUGUCUACACCAAACCGUCCCCUCCUGGAAAGAUAAAGAUAGACUCAGUGGGAAGCGACUCUGUCUCUCUGAGCUGGCGCAGUCCUGCUGGUCUGGACGAGAUCCCUCACAGUUUUAAAGUGACCUAUUUAAGCUCUGUUGAGGAAAACCCUCUUUCCAUCACAGCACCCUCCAAUUCCACAGUCCUUUCUGAUCUGAUACCUGGGAGAGAGUACACCUUCACAGUCACCACAGAGCUGGUGAAUGGGAUUCAGAGCACGUCUGUUUCAACAUCUGUCUGCACCACGCCGCCACCCAAAAAAAGGACAAAAUCGCAAUGUGCGGACUACAUCGGUACAGUAAAGGUAAAGCAAAAGGAAAAGUACCAAUUGAGACCGAGACCUCAUUUACAAGAGGGUCCUAUGAAGGAUAUGAAUGGAGCAAAGAAGAGGUCCAGAGAACAACACAAGAUGGCCAGGAAAAUUUUCAACAAGAGAAAGAGAUUAGCAUACCAGAGAGCUAAUUAUACCGCUAAGCAUACAUUUUUAGAGAGGUGUUUAUGUAGAGCUGUUAUACCUCACAGAUUUCACAUUAAGUCAGGUGUACGCAUAAAUGUGAAUGAUCCAGAAAACAUUGAUUUACAAAACAAAUUUAGAGAAUGUUCAAUAAAAUCAAUGCAGGUGGAGAAUAUUAAAUGGAUUAGAAGAAUUAGUGAAGUUGAAUUAGAAAUUAAAAAAACAAAUGAAUCAUAUUAUAAUCUAAUGCCGUCGAAAUUCACACAAAUGAUAAAAAAAAUAGACAAUUUUGAGAAGAAUAAGCUAAAUCGCUUAAAUGACAGGAAAUCUAAAGAGUUUCUUAAAUUAAUUUCCACAGAUAUGCCAUAUAAAAUACUCAAAAAUCAAAUACCUUAUGAUAAUUGUGUUACAGAAAUGGAGAAUGUAUCGAAUGUAUCAACAGCAAAAAGUCAGAAUCAAGGUAAAAAACAAAUAGAGGCACACGUAAGGAAGAAAAUGCCAGACAGGGAUUUAGGAAAAGAGUCAAAUAAUAUUAAUAAUGAUGGAGUACCUAAAAAUAAGGUCAUGAUUACUAAAGGUCAUGAAGUGGGCACAGGAUUUAAUUCAUCUGAUAAAACAGUAACCGUCUCGCAGGAAGCAUUAAAACGAAAGGGGAACAAGUUUGUUCCAGCAAAAAGAUACAUAAAUACUAUUAUUAUUAUUAUUAUUAUUAAUAAUUAUUUAUUUCUUAGCAGAGGCCCUUAUCCAGGGCGACUUACAAUUGAUACAAGAUAUCACAUUAUUUUUACAUACAAUUCCCCAUUUAUACAGUUGGGUUUUUACUGGAGCAAUCUAGGUAAAUUACCUUGCUCAAAGGUACAACAGCAGUGUCCCCCACUGGGGAUUGAACCCACAACCCUCUGGUCAAGAGUCCAGAACCCUAACCACUGCUCCACACUGCUGGACAAGGACAAUAAGGACAAGUUAAUGACGGAUUUAAAUGAAUGGGAAAGACUCACAGAAUCAGAACAAGUAGGUGAACAUGGAAUACAAAGUAAAAUAAACUGUCACAUGACUCCUCCAGAUGGAAGAGAUACAUGGUUAGACAUGUUUAUAGAAGAAGAUAGAAAAGGAAUAGUAAGAGACCUAAAAAAGAAAAGAAAACUUAAUUUAACUAAACAUGAAGAAGAAGAGCUACAUGAAUUAAUAGGGGCUGAUAGUAUCAGACCAGCAGAUAAGUGUUCAGGGAUUGUAAUAAUAAACACAGUUGACAAUAUGAAAGCAGUAGAGACUGAAAUGCAAAAUAUAAAUACAUGUGAAGAAGUGAAAACUAAUUACAUUAAUAAUAUAAAAGAAUUGAGAAUUCUAGUAGAAAGAUUGCAUAAAAAUGGAUUCAUAUCAAAAGAAUUAAAAAAUGACAUGCUCCCUCAAAAUCCAAGAACAGGUUUGGUUAGAGGUAACCCAAAAAUGCACAAAGAUAAACCCCCGAUGUGAAUGAUUGUUAGCACAACCGAUAACCCAACAUAUGUUAUUGCAGAAAUAGCUGAGAUGCAGCUGCAGCCACAUGUUGAAAGUUUACCAAGCUGUGUUAAAGAUACAACACAAUCUCUGAAAAGAAUAACUAGAAUAAAGACUAAACUUCCAGAGAAUGCUAUUUUAUUUUGCAUGGAUGUAAAAUCCCUGAACCCCAGUGUUCCCAGGCAUGAAGCUUUAGAGCCAUGUAAAGAGGCACUGGAUAACAGAAAAGAGAAGGCCAUAAUACCCACAGGAGAAAUAUUAAACAUGACCAAGGCAGGUUUAGAAAACUGUUUUAAUUUUAUAACAAAAGUUCUAAGCAGAAUGAUGGCACAGUGACAGGCUCAAAAUUCGGCAUGCAUUUUGCAAGCACGUAUGUGGGUAAAUGGGAGGAAAUGUUAUUGAGUAAACUAGACAAGAAACCAUUCGAAUACAUAAGAUAUGUGGAUGACAUCUUUGGAAUAUGGAAUGGAGAAAAAUCUCUUUUCCAGUUUCAUAAAGUAGCAAAUAAUAUCCACCCUAACAUUUCAGUGGAUCUACGGUGGGCAAAAUCUGAAAUUGAAUUCUUAGGUACCUUGGUUAAACUUGAUCAAGGAUCUAUUAAAACAUAUCUUUACUGGAAGCCUACUGACAUGCAUCAGUACCUACAUGUGUCAUCUGCACAUCCUAUCCAUACAUAAGACCCAUUCCUAAAGGACCAGCUCUAAGGAUAAAAAUAAUCUGAUGUGAUGAAAUUUAUUUAGUCAUUUAUCAGAUGCUUUUAUCCAAAGCGACUUGGAGACUAGGGGGUGAACUAUGCAUCACAAGGACUUUGCAUUUCUUGAUGAAGUAACAAUUCCAGUGAAAGAAUUGAUUGAGAAAAUGUUUUUAAGUGAGGAAAAUCUAGAGUUCAAGCUUGAUACAGGAGCAGCAGUUAUCGCAAUCCCAGCGGGAAAGUUUCAACAGGAUCGAGAUGACAAGCUGAUGCAACUCAGCAAAGUGCUAUAUGGGCCUGUAAACAACGUCUUGGACGUUCUAGGGUGCUUUAGCAGCACAUUAGCUAUUAAAGGGAACAACAGUCCAAGAGGUCUACGUGGUUUCCGGAUUGUCAAAAGCACUAUUUGGACUGCCUGCAGCAGAAGCACUGCACCUUGUACACAGGCUUCAUGAAGUGAAGGAGCUCCUGUGAAUUUCCUGGCCAACUACACAUCAGUGUUCAGCGGACUGAGGAAACUUGAAGGGCCCUACAAAAUUGAGCUUGAGCAAGGAACAACCCCUUAUGCUCUCUCAACAUCUCGCCAUUUUCAAAUCCCAUUGAGCAAAGUCAGAUGAACUUGAGUGGUUGGAAAGUAUGGGAAUCAUUUUAAUAAAUUAAAAACAGCUAUGGCCCAAACAUAUAUUUAAUCACUUUAGUAAUAAUAACAUUUGCCUAGCAGAAUAAGAUUUUAGUGUUGCACUGGGAAUACCAUUUUUACAAAUGCAUUGUUUUACAAAUGUGUACUAGGCUUGGAGCAAGUGUAACAGGGUAUUUUUAGAAACAUUUGUUGUUCACCAAAAUGUAAUUUAAAAAAAAUAUCCACAUCAAAACUGCACAUAGAAAUAGUUUGGACACUCUGAAAUGUGAUACUUUGUACUGUGAUAUUUUGUAACAAUUGCUGUAAUAAAAAUAAUA